UGUGAACAAAAUGAAAUUGAAAAUAAAAGUGAUAAAUAUAUUGGUCUUCGAAUGUGAUCAGUGUACCUAAUAGAAAUAAAUAUUUUAGUUUAGAUCGAUAAACACAUGGAUUUAAUAAAGAAUAUCGAUUAUAAUUGUAAAAUCGCAAUGCAUAACUGUUUCAAUAAAUGCGCAUAAUAUAUGUAGAGGGAUACGUGUCGCACGUAUGCAUCAACCUAAAGUGAGUGUGAGAAACAUACGUUCGAAUAGGUCUAAUAUUUAAUACGGAAGUUAAAUAUCAAAACAUAUUGAAUCUAAAGAACGUAUGUCUUUCUAGAAUUAAUCUUAUAUGUUUCAUUGUCAAUCAUAAAAUUGUGUCAACAAACGACUGCAAGUUUUCAGGAAAAAAACUUUAAGAUGUCAUUGACAGUUCAGCAAAUCAUAUUGGAUGCUAAAAAAUUAGUGAUAAGAAUAUCAGAUCAUGAAAAUGCUGCGGAUAAUUUAAUAAGCGACAUGGAAUUUGUACAUAGUCAAAUUGAUAAUAUGAAACAGUAUCAAGAAGCAGUUGAUAUCUUAAAUACAGAAGCAAAACAAACACCACACGUGCAGCUUAUUACUGACAUCCAACGUGAAAAUAGACAUUUACUUGAAAUUCAUGCUGAAAAUAAAGAGUUAAGAAAUGCUUUGGAAGAUCAUCAAAACGCACUUGAAUUAAUAAUGUCCAAAUAUAGACAACAAAUAGCUUCUCUGAUGCGUUUGAGUAAAACAGAUUCAUCGUCCUUGCAUAAUACAAAAUAUGCUAACAUAAUUACAAGGCAAGCAGAAAAAAUUAACGAAAUGGCAGCUGUAAUGAAAACAGCUGCAUCAUUGGACGAAGAAAAAGAAUGUAAAGAAAUGGAAACAUUUCAUUGUUUGAAAAAAGAGAACGAUGGUUUACGGGAAGUUCUUAAUAUUGCCAACAAAUUUGGUUCUUUGAGUAAAGAGAUUACCGUUGAAAAUAAGACAAUACAAACGGAUCCGUUAUAACUUAAAAAUUCUAGACUUUUUGUAUACAGAUUGCACAGUAUUCUCAUUUUAUACUACAAAUUACAACCACAUAGCAUAAAUACAGUAUAUAUAAUUCAGGUGGCAAAAGCAAUAGAAAACUGUAUGUACAAAAGUUAGUUUCUAUAUCUUCUUUGUUAUGAAAAAAAAAAAAAAGAAAAAAGAAAAAAAUAAUAAUAGUAAUAAUAAUAAUAAUAAUAAUAAUAAUAAUAAUAUAUAAGAUUUGUUAAUGAUGAUAAUAAACAUAUUUUUCGGGAUCAGAAAUACAAUCUUCGUUAUAAAACAGUAGCAAAUUCAAGAAAAGAACGAACGAAAGCAUUUAUACGAACAAAGAGGCUCAAAGUAUUCACUAUUUUCUCAAAUAUAAAUCAAUCACAUCGCAUCGUCGCUGCAACAAAGACAAAUAAUAUUUAAUUUUGACAAACGUACCUAAUUUGUUUUUAUAUACAUGCGUAUAUCUCUCCUCUACCCCCUUCGCCCACUACUCCCCGCCCCUAACAGCCCCAUAUAAUAAUUUUCGAUUGAUAUAAUUUGUUCGAUGCGUAUUCGACAAUGUAUAAAUCGAAUAAAAAUUAGCUGUAUUUAUAAUAGCACGUGUGUAGUAAACAUCUUGUGUAAGAACUUUCUAUAUAAUUAUUUAAAAUACCCUGUAAAAGAGUGAUUACGUUGUCAUGUAUAGUAGGAAUGUAAAGAUAAAAACAAAAAAAAACAAAAGUGUAUAAAAUUACGUUCUCUCGAA